CUAUUGGAGUAAUGCCUAGAGGAGGACGUCGAAAAGGGUUCAGAAAGGCCAGUGCUGGCUCCAAGUCUACAUCUAGUACUUUGAAGUUUGAGGAUUACGAGAAAGUCUUUAUCGGUCCUCUUGUCACUCUUAUACUGGGAUUUGCGACUUACGUGUGCAAGAACUACUGGAACAAGUUUCCAGACGUUGAAUUUUACGAAACAGUUGUGGUUGCGGCGUGUCUAGCUGGUAUUUUUGUUACACUGCUUUUUCUGCCGGUGAUAGUGUACAACCUCUUUACUAGCAAACGAUCUGCUAUUAUUGUGUUGUUGCUGUGCCUCCUGGUUUUUAUUGUGGUGGUUGUGCCCAUAACUCAACUGUUGUGGGGAUAUUUUUCAAAUGGAAAUCAAGCUGAAUUGCCAACAGUGUCUGAUGAAGUUGUCACUGUUGAUGACAGAAGCUCUUCCAAUAUGGAAAAGAACAAGAACAAUUUGACUGGUCAAGAAGAAUCACAUGAAAGAGUCUCUCACCAGGAGACCUCUGAUGUUUUGAAUAGUAAUGUACAGUUUAAUGGCGACUGUUUGAAGUAUUCUCAACAAUUGCUUUCUCAACCCAAUGUGUUACGCUAUCCUCGCAAAUAUCAUAUUCACACUCAAGUCGAGAUGCUUCAACGAACUGUUUUACUGAAAGGGAAACCAACAUUUCUUGUUUUUUCUGAUGAUUCUGAUCCUCCGUCUCAAUUUGAAGGCGAUGCAUUGGAUUUAUAUAAUCGAAAAAAUAACGCUGGAGCUCAAAGCUUUGUCAGCGUGUACGAUGCAGUAGAAAAAGCUCUCACCUUGCUAUGCAACAAUCUGCUAGAGCAAGGAUUUGGUAAUUUUAAAGAAAGUUCUUAG